AUGUCCAAAGCUUUAUCAGUUUCCAAAGGACUUCCCAUUGAUCGUCUCGCUAGAGGAUUCCGCCUCAAAGCUCAUCAUGUUGAUCGACUACCAGCGGGAUAUCAGCUUCCAGAUUUGAGCGUAGUUGAUGGCUAUCUUACUGUGCAGGGAGAAGUGCAACUCCGAAGCACAUACGAUUCACGAAAGAGGCAAUUUCGAUGGACCAGGGAGUUGAAACAAACCAACCUUUUCGAACAUGGAGUGUUUGAAAUUGACUCUCCAGCCAUAUCAGGAAAAGGAGUUAUCUACAUAUCAUCUGAAUCUCAGGCUCAGGAAGCUACUCCGCGGGAUAAGGUCCAUCCAUUUGAGGCUAAGGCAUGCAGCCUUGACAAAUUGGCAGGCAGUAAUAAAAGUAUGAUUGGAGAUGAUUCAAAUGAUAAUAACUGGGUGACGCUUGGAAAAUGGCAGGUUACAUUGGAUCGGAGUGCUUGGCCUCCCGAUACUGAGCGAACUGAGCCGGAAGAACCCAUGGAUGGAGGGAUCUUUGAAGAUGGUUACUGGACCGAUCCCCCAAGGGAAGUCGCUUCGUUAAAAAUCACUUCGGUGGAGCAGCUGCGAGAUCAGAUUAACCAAAAGUAUGGCCAACAGCUUGGCAGUUUCUAUGAUGUCAUUGCGACAAUUAAAGACGGAAAGACGAUGUACUCGAUAAAAUUUAAGCGAGCACCUCUCGUCCCUUUCAUCUCCGAUGCUGGACUCGACAUGAAGAAAAAAUUUGAGGUUGGCUUCAAAUCUGACCUGGAUAUUGACAUUACUUUACCAUCGCUCUUUACCGAGAUGAAUUUUACGAUGGAUGAUUUUGAGGGGACUUUUUCUGGCUACUUCUACGAAUACGAUCCUUCAAAACGAGGAUACAGAGGAGACCGUCAUUUAGUUCAAGGAACUCUUUUAGGGCCGGAUGCGGUCGCUGCUUCUCGCUUAAAGAUUUCUCGUGCGUAUGAAUCAGCCUUGAAGUCUAGGGAAGCUCACCCAUCUGAUGGAAAACUUCAACCGGCCAUGGUGACCGAGAAACUUUUGGCCCUCAGCGAGCCAACACUCAAGCAACUCUAUGACUUUAUCGGUUACCAAGAACAAUCGACAUUUUUCAAAGAAAAGUAUGGCCCAGCUUUUAUUUGUCGCUAUGUUGGUCGUACACAGAAGUACAUGAGUUCUUUUACGGAAAAGGACAUGAAAAAGCUUUGGUACUGGUGGCAAGGCAAUGGAAAGAGCUGUUUGUCACAAAGUGAAGAAUACAACGAUAUCAACCGCUUUAGUUCCCGAGAGGCAAUGAAAGGGCGAUACGGAGACAUUUUGCAGCCAUACCUUGACAGCGACCCUGAUAAUUGGGCUUCGCAGCUUUACGAUAAGAUUACAAGUAAUCCGUAUAUGCUAACUAAAUGGGUCCAUUUUCCAAUAGGGGACGAUGGUAACAACUUAAUCAACAAGCAGUGCAAUAUUUUAGAUGCUUUGAGUUCAUCUGCAGACUGGUCUCAGGAACUUUUUAAAAUUUUCAUGACUUACGUGUUGCAAGAAGGUGCAUCGAUUGCAGACAUCGAACCAGGCGGUAAUGAGGACGAAAAAUACCAAUGGCUCUAUGAUUCCAUGAAAGAUCUUAUCAUGGCAGUAUUAAAUGAUGAUCCUUCCAUUUCCGACGAUGUGAAACAGGGAAUUCUGGAAGAUAUCAAUGAUUUCGAAGAACAGAAUAACUUGAAUCAGGAAGCUGACGCAGAGACAAGAGCAGCUGCGCUACUAGAGAAAAGCACUCUAUUCAUGCAGGAGUUAAGUGGAUGGUUCUCCUAUAUUGGAAAGGGGCUACAAGCUGCAUUUGGUGGGACUGCACUAUGGAAAUGGGUUGGCCAAGCCUUUGAUAAUGCUGCUGAGAAGUUUUCAUCGUCGCUUCCUGGCGUCAGCAAGUUGAAAGGUAUUUCAAGCAUAUGCAUGGUUGGCGUCAGUUUGGCUAUUGCUGCUGUGAGUCUUUGGGGCUUGGUGGAAAAUUGGGACAUGCUACCGGACGCUAAACGAGCAGUUGUUAUUAUCGAGGUAGUCCGAAUGGUAGUUAGCGGUAUCGAUAAGGCGUUUAAUGCCUUCAAAGAAUUCAAGUCAAAGCCAGCCUCUACUCCGACAGACCAGCUCAACAUGGAGGCCCUAAAUGAUGGUCUUUCAGAGGAGAUCACUGAGAGAAGCAGUGAAAUGGGGGAUUUAGCUAAAGAAAUUUCAGGCGAGGAUGAUUACCGUACUGCGAUCGCGGAGGGUAUUCAUGGGGAGGGGGUUCCCACAGAAAUUGAUGGUGAAGGAAGCUGGAAUGAAGCUAUUGAAGACGUUGUUCACGACGUCCCACCGGGUUACGAGGAUGUGGCCAAGAAAUUUAAUAUUUCUGGAAAUAUGCUACGAGUACUCAACGCGAUUCUUGGGGUGGGUUUGGUUGUUGCCAUGUCCUUUGCCUUGGCAACUGACUGGGGAUCUCUAUCUGAGCCUGGAAAGUGGAUAGGAGUGCUCAAUAUCAUCGUCCAAGGCUUGACUGUUUUGCUUGAUGUUGUCGACGUUGGAGCUGAAAUUGGCCUGUGGGCAGUGACGGGUACUUUUAGUGUUGCUUUGCCCAUUCUCGGGGCAGUUCUGGCUGUGGUUGGAGUAAUACUCAUGGUUGUCCAACUCUUCAUCAAUCUCUUUGUCAAAGCACAACCACCACCAGACCCGAUCGCUAAUUUCAUCGAAGAUGUCGGACAUGAACUCAUCGACAGCUUCGCUCCUUCCCCUGAGUCUAGCCUCAAGUACUCUAUCUCUGCUUCCGAUGUUACUGCAGGCCAAGUGACUACAAUCACCAUCACUGGUAAAAAUGAAUCCUCCGGCGAAGUUACUAUAACAAAUGCAGCUAUCACUCUUUACUCUGGAGAUGACGAUGUCUGUCUCUUUCGAAAUGGCGCUGACAAUACCGAAAAAAUUAUAUUGGUUCCCGAUACUGAUGCCGAUAAAAAUGAAAAUGGACAUACCUUCGUCACUCCCAGCAAAAUUACAAGCGCGCAAUUGCCCAUACCAGCAAGACUGGGGAACGAAUCAAUAUACUACGAAUAUGUUCUCCGAGCAGCAGGUCUUCCAAAAGAAUCAUCCACUAGUUUGAACAAUCUUAUUCUAAAAGCGGGAGAGUCGUUUCAGUCAAUUUGGACAGCCAGAAUCAAUAACAGGGGUGACGAUAAGGAGAAGUCAACUAGUUGGAUCGAAAUUGUCGAAAAUGGACUAACAGACGCAUGUCAAUCACAGUUUGUAUUGCAGAGGACUUGA